AUGGAGAGUGGCGACAGGAAGGUCACCAUCCAGCUGGUGGAGGACGGGGCCGAGGCUGGAGCCAGGGGCCCGCAGCUCUUUAAGGGCCAGAACUACGAAGCCAUCCGGACAGCCUGCCUGGAAUCCGGAAUCCUGUUUCGUGACCCUUACUUUUCUGCUGGUCCUGAUGCCCUUGGCUAUGACAAGCUGGGACCCGACUCAGAGAAGGCCAAAGGGGUGGAAUGGAAGAGGCCUUAUGAGUUUUGUGCUGAACCCCACUUCAUCUGUGAAGACAUGAGCAGGACAGAUGUAUGUCAGGGAAGCCUGGGAAACUGCUGGCUUCUUGCAGCUGCCGCCUCCCUGACACUGUACCCCAGACUCCUGUACCGUGUGGUUCCUCCUGGACAAAGUUUCCAAGAUGGAUAUGCAGGGGUCUUCCAUUUUCAGCUCUGGCAGUUUGGCCGCUGGGUGGAUGUGGUGGUUGACGACAGGCUGCCUGUGCGUGAGGGGAAGCUGAUGUUCGUGCGCUCAGAACAGAGGAAUGAAUUCUGGGCUCCUCUGUUGGAAAAGGCCUAUGCCAAGCUCCAUGGCUCCUACGAGGUGAUGCGAGGAGGUCACAUGAAUGAGGCUUUCGUGGACUUUACAGGAGGCGUGGGUGAGGUCCUCUACCUGAGACGAAACACUCCAGGUCUCUUUGCUGCCCUUCGCCAUGCACUGGCCAAGGAGUCCCUUGUGGGUGCCACUGCCCUGAGUGAUCGGGGUGAGAUCCGCACAGAUGAAGGGCUGGUAAAGGGACAUGCGUAUUCUGUUACAGGUACACACAAGAUGUUCCUGGGCUUCACCAAGGUGCGGCUGCUGCGGCUGAGGAACCCCUGGGGCCGUGUGGAGUGGUCCGGGCCCUGGAGUGACAGCUGUCCUCGCUGGGACAUGCUUCCCUCUGAGUGGCGAGAUGCCCUGCUUGUGAAAAAGGAGGACGGUGAGUUCUGGAUGGAGCUUCAGGACUUCCUCACGCACUUCAACACGGUCCAGAUCUGUUCACUGAGCCCUGAGGUGCUGGGUCCCAGCCCUGCUGGCGGAGGCUGGCAUAUCCACAUCUUCCAGGGCCGCUGGGUGAGAGGUUUCAACUCCGGCGGGAGCCAGCCCAGUGCUGAAACCUUCUGGACCAAUCCCCAGUUCCGGCUGACGCUGCUGGAGCCAGAUGAAGAAGAGGAUGAAGAUGAUGAAGAGGGACCCUGGGGUGGUUGGGGAGCAGCAGGGGCGCGGGGCCCAGCGAGGGGAGGCCGCAUGCCCAAGUGUACGGUCCUCCUGUCGCUCAUCCAGCGCAACCGCCGGUGUCUGAGGGCCAGGGGCCUCACUUACCUCACUGUGGGCUUCCACGUGUUCCAGAUUCCAGAGGAGCUGCUGGGCCUCUGGGACUCCCCGCGCAGCCGCGCGCUCUUGCCGGGAUUGCUGCGAGCUGACCGCUCGGUGUUCUGCGCCCGCCGCGACGUAAGCCGCCGCUGCCGCCUGCCGCCGGGCCACUACCUGGUGGUACCCAGCGCCUCACGCGUGGGCGACGAAGCCGACUUCACACUGCGCAUCUUUUCGGAACGCAGCCACACCGCAGUGGAGAUCGAUGACGUGAUCAGCGCCGACCUGGACGCCCUCCAGGUCCCCUACAAACCAUUGGAGCUGGAGCUGGCUCAGCUGUUUUUGGAGCUGGCUGGAGAGGAGGAGGAACUCGAUGCACUUCAGCUGCAGACCUUAAUAAGCAUCGCUCUGGAGCCCUCUAGGGCCAAUGCCAGGACUUCUGGAGAGAUUGGGCUCAGGACCUGCGAGCAGCUUGUGCAGUGUUUUGGGCAUGGGCGAAGGUUGGCCCUACACCACUUCCAGGAACUCUGGGGCCAUCUCCUGGUAUGGCAGGCCACAUUUGACAAGUUUGAUGAAGAUGCCUCUGGGACAAUGAACUCCUAUGAGUUAAGGCUGGCCCUGAAUGCUGCAGGCUUCCACCUGAACAACCAGCUGACACAGUCCCUUACUAGCCGCUACCGGGACAGCCGGCUCAGAGUGGAUUUCGAACGCUUUGUGUCCUGUGCAGCCCGGCUCACCUGCAUCUUCCAUGAGUGCUGCUCCUGGCUGGGUGGCCAACACCUGGAUGGUGGUGAGGGGGUUGUCUGCCUGACCCACAAACAGUGGUCGGAGGUGGCUACCUUCUCCUAGGCCAGAAGCUGAGGGAGGCCACCCUCCUCCAGGUCUGAGCUGCCCUGUUUGGCACCAGUGGUGGAAGCUGAAUCUGGACACGCACCCUCCUGGGGCUAGUCCCAACCACCCCUGCACAGGUGGUGGCACUGGUGUCUUUCUUCUGGUGAUGUCUUCUCAAGUACUGGGAUUAUGGGCCUGAGCUUCCAAACAGAACUGCCUUCUUUCCUUUUGAAG